AUGGGGUCGCUGGCCCUUCAUUUCCACGAUGCCGACGCCUUGGAGGAGUACUCCGUAGACGAAAUGUGGAUCUGGGGAUUUGCGGAGUUCCAAACCCUUCUCCAGAAUACCAUCGCCCACUCCACCCCUACCACCCCUGUGGCUAGCCCCAAAGGCCCUUCCACUCCCUCCAGUGCCCAGUCUAACGCAUCAAUGGCUUCGUCUGUCGGCCUCCUACCUCCCCUCAUGAAGGGUGCUCGUCCGGCCACCGAGGAGGUCCGCCAGGAUCUGCCUCGCCCUUACAAGUGCCCCCUCUGUGACCGUGCUUUCCACCGUCUGGAGCAUCAGACCAGACACAUCCGCACGCAUACGGGGGAAAAGCCGCACGCGUGCCAGUUCCCCGGUUGCACGAAGCGCUUCAGUCGCUCCGACGAGCUGACUCGCCACUCGAGGAUCCACAACAACCCCAACUCGCGGAGGAGUAACAAGGCCCAGCAUUUGGCGGCGGCAGCGGCGGCGGCGGCUGGUCAGGACACUGCGAUGGCGAAUGCCGGCUCGAUGAUGCCGCCUCCGACCAAGCCCAUCACCCGGUCCGCCCCCGUGUCGCAGGUCGGCUCGCCGGAUGUCUCGCCCCCUCAUUCGUACUCCAACUUUGCCGGCCACAUGCGGUCGAACCUGGGCCCGUACCCCCGCAGUAACGACCGGGCUUCGUCGGGCAUGGACAUCAACCUCCUGGCUACUGCUGCGUCGCAGGUCGAGCGUGACGAGCACUUCGGGUUCCAAGCCGGCCCUCGCGGCCCCCCGCUGUUCGGCUCUCGCCACCAGAGCAACGGCCGUCUGCCGUCGCUGUCCGCCUAUGCUAUCUCGCACAGCAUGAGCCGCUCGCACUCGCACGAGGACGAGGACCCGUACGCGUCGCACCGCAUCAAACGCUCGAGGCCCAACUCUCCCAACUCGACCGCCCCUCCUCCCCCACCUUCUCUCACGACUCCCUCUCGCCGACUCCGGACCACACUCCGGGCCACUGACUUGCACCUGCCGUCGAUCCGUCACCUGUCGCUGCACCAUACUCCUGCUCUGGCGCCGAUGGAACCUCAGCCGGAAGGCCCCAACUACUACAGCCCGAAUCAAGGCCACGUUGGUCCCACGAUCAGCGACAUCAUGUCUCGGUCCGACGGCACGCAACGCAAGCUACCGGUGCCUCAGGUUCCCAAAGUGGCCGUUCAGGACAUGCUGAACCCGGUCAAUGGCUUCACGACGGUUUCUUCGUCGGCCAACAACUCGGUUGCGGGUGGUGAUCUGGCGGAGCGGUUCUGA